AUGGAGUCAGACUCACCAGAAGAGCAGCUUCUCCUGUAUGCUAAAGAGGGAAGUUGUUCUCACAUUCAGGGGCUUCUUCAGUCAAGAGUCGACCAAAACAUCUCUUUAAACCUCAACUGCAGAUGUAAGUAAUAAGAGGGUUUUAAAUCCUGUCCAAUGAUUUCAGGUUGUCUUGGGAAAAUGUUGAUGCUCAGUUUCUUUACUGUAGCUAAAUCUAAAGCCAGUGCAGGAUGGACAGCCCUCCAUCUGGCUUGUUAUUUUGGACACAGGGAUGUUGUGGAGGAGUUACUCAAGGUGAGAUCUGCUUAUGCUAUCUAAAGGAUAUUAUCCUGUCUGUGUAUUAUUUGUCUGACCGCAGUGAUUUUCACUAUCUGCAGGCAGGAGCUGAUUCAAAUGUGCAGAAUAAUAUGGGUGAUACACCUCUACACAAAGCAGCCUACACUGGAAGGAAGGUAAAAUCAAACAGUUUCCUUCUUGCCAGCUUAUGUAUCAUAGGAAGUCUGAUUUGCAAUCUAUCAUGGUAUCCCUCCUUCUCAGCCAGCUUAGUGUCAGUGAACCACACUGCCACAUACUGCUUCUUUCCUUUCAACUGUCAAAGCUGUUGUAUGAUGGAAGUAUUUUGCUGCACCUUAAGGAAAUCGUCCUCCUGCUGCUGCGAUACGAUGCCCAGUCCAACAUUAUCAAUGGAACAGCUCAGAUCCCUAAAGAUGUCACUGAGGACGAUGAAAUCAUUACAAUGCUAGAGGGUAUAAAAUGACGGGAGCAUCUUUUUACUUUUGCUGCUGACUUGUUUUGACUAUAGAUUAUUGCAGCUUGUGUUCUUGGUUUGUGCAGCUGCUGAGAGAAGGGAGGUGAGGCGGCAGGAGGAGAAACUUCUGGAAGCAGCCAGAGAGGGGGACAUCUCUACUUUGUCCAAACUGGUUAGACUCUGCACUUUCUAAUAACUUUAAAAUGCUAUAUAAGCUGAUCCAUUUUGCAUACGUUUGUAAAAGGUUUUGCACAGAUCAAACAGUUGCCAGCACUAAAUUACAACUUUGGGCAGCCAUGUAUUAUCUGUACUUCUGUGUUUGCAAGGUAUAAACAAACCUGUGGAAAAUUUAAAAACAAAGCAUGCUAAGAAAGAACAAUGUAGGGAAAUCCUGAUGUCAGGGUGCAAGUUAAAGUAUCGAUUGUAUUAGGGUUAAAUACGAAGAAACAAUGCUUCAGAUCAUAUCCAUUAAACAAUGAAAAGUUUAAUAACAAAGUAAGCUAAGUACAAAAGUAAUGGCAUUAUUGCCUGCAGUAUUGGCAGCGAUACUUGCAGGUGAAUACUUGAGAUAAUUUACUUUCCAGUUUGGUGCCUAAAUUAUGUGUUUUCUUUGUCCUAAAUUAUCUUUUAUUCCUCAGCUCAGUGGAAGAGAAGCUCCAGAUAUUAAUUGCAGAGACUCAGUGGGAAAUACACCUUUACACUGUGCAGCCUACAGAGGGCAGAAGCAGUGCAUCAUAAAGCUGCUCAAAUCUGGAGCCAGUCCUAAUAUCAGAAACAGUAAUGGUAAUUCAUUUAAUUUGAUGGCUUUGAUGGUCCUUGGUAUUUUUUUUUUUCCAAGAGCUUAUUGAUUUAAAGUCUGUUUUGUCCUUAAUAUAAAAAUAAUGAUGUGUUGUUUGGUGGGCUGUGUUGCAGGGCAGACAGCGUUAGACUUGGUCCGCACUGAUGAACUGAAGUUGAUUCUAGCUGCUUAUCAAGAAAAGGUAAGAUUAGAAAAGUAGCUUUUAGUUAUUUUGGUUUAGGUUGUUCUCUCCCCUUUUAACUAAAAAAAACAAACAUGUCUAUAUAUAAAUCUUCUAAAUAGAUUUAUCUGAAUAAUACAAAGCUUGUACAUGUCAUUCUAUAUGUUGAACUCUAUGAUAACUAGCAUUUUUUAAUAACCUGCUCUGCUGCACUUGGUCCAAAUGUUGGCGCAUACAGCUGUAUUUCUUCACAUUUACUUUUCAUACAUCCACUCCAUGUACUUAAGGCCUGGUGUCCACUGAGAACAAAAAAAGCCUUGCAAGUCAGCAGUCCUAUCUGUGGUUUUAAUGUCUGAAAUACCUGGCACAGCUUUAUUGCAGAGCUUUGCAUAGUCAGUGAAAAAAAAGAACCCACUAAAUACAUUUUUCAACAAAAUACAUUUUUCUUCCCUUAAAGGAGACAAACAGAGGACUGGAGAAGUUUGAAGGUCCUCUUUGGAAGGUACCCAGAUGAUCACAUGUAUCUUUUCCUGUACUUACCACACAGACAAUGUCUUUGUGUACAAUAAUUCACAAAUGUCUGUGCAGACUUCGCCCUUUACUUGGGUGAAGUGGUAUAUUAGAGAAAAAAACUAAAUUGAACUCUCCUGUAAGAGUUUAUCUUGUUCAUCUAUAGUUUAUAUUUUAAUGUUAUGAUUUAAAAACCUGUAAUACCAGUGUUUUAAAGUGGUUUUUUUUUAUCUGCAUAAUGUUUUGCGCAUUUUAGAUAUUAACUUUUCUGUAUUGUUACCUUUGUUACCAUCAUACAUGUCUGACAGAGUUCGCGUUUUCUUGGAUGGCGAUCCCACUGGGUGGUUAUUGAAGAUGGGACAGUCUCCUGGUACCCCAGACAGUGAGUUGACUUUUGAAAACUUUUUAAAUUUGCAGUUUUCUUAUGAUAAAAAGUACAUUGUUUACUGUCUCAGUAGCUUGUUUAUGUGAGUGGCUUAGCUCUGUGGUCUCUCUAGGGCUGAUGCUCUCACGGGUGUCAGAAAACAGGGCUGCAAGUCUCUUACACAAUCCUACUGCAUGGUAAGUAGUGGAAAUUAAAGGCUUAAUAUAGGGUAUUAAACCCUAACAAGUGCACAAGGGAGUCCAGUCCUCUUUGCAGCUGUUUCACUUGUAAUCACAUCGUACCCUGACAUGAGGGCAUCAUCUCUUUAGAGCAGUGAGUGUGACUGUAAGUCUUUCUUUAAUAUAUUUUCAGGUUAAACCCUGGGAUCACUGCUUCUUCAUGCUCAGGUGCUUUGAUGACACACUUCAUUAUUUUAAGGUUCCCUCUAAGACCAAUUCCAUGGCAACAAGAAAAGUGAGAUAAGACUGCUCUUGCUAAACCUUCACUCACCUGAACAGUCUGGCUUUUAAGAGCGAAGAAGUCGUAAAUGUUGCUGAUGCUUGUCUUUUUAAGAAAUGGAUGGAUGCUUUUGAGGCACAUUCAGCUUACAGCACCCGCCACUGCACCGAUGAACCCAUCUUUGAUCCCUCAGCUAGUGAUGGUGGCAGUGCAGUGAAAAACCUGUCACAAGCUCUUCAGGUAAAGUUCAACUCAGGCCUUUUUGAUAAGGUGUAUCAUUAAGAUUUUUAUCUCAGCAUGUUAAGUGUAUUUUUUUUCCAAUGCUUUUGCAGAUAGCUAAUGCCUUCCAGCAGAAGUUGGAGAGUCAAGUGUCAAUAUAUCUCUCAAUGGUAAAGAAUGAGGAGAACUCUGGUAGGAGUCCUGGAGUUUGAAGCAUAUCUGAUGUCCUUUUUAUUUGAAAUUUUGCUAAUUUUAUAUUAGUGGUAAAAAGGUUUAAACAUGAAUAACUAUUAAGCUGCUGUAAUCUUAUAUCAGGCAACAGUGAGACAACAUUUCACCCUCAAAGCCCCAGAAACCAGUCUCAUCCAUCCCACUCACUUCAAGGAUAUUAUGACAAACAAUGAUUGUGAAAAAUCGGUGAUAAUUGUUUGUUUUUCUUUUAAAAGAAGUUGCUGCACCUCUUCUACUGAAAGCCAAGGAGAUGAGUGAGCUCUCCAGUGAAACGUGUGCUGCUCUCCAUCAGUGCCUUGACCUGCUCUCAAAGCAAGAAGAGGUAGGGAAACAUCCUCAUCAACAUAACUAAGCCUGAAUCUGCACACACAAGGUAAGUAAUUCAACAGAUACCAUUAUGACACAUAACUGAACUCGCCUGAACUGUGAACUCUGCUCAAGUUUUUUCUUUUAUGCAUUCGUAUAGGUAUUUUGUCACAAAAGGGGAAAGCAUUUUGCAGUAUAAUUAGUAAUUUUUUAUUUAUGAUGUUCUUUUUUUUGCUUCCAGAUAAUUACAACCGUACAGUUCCUUCUGAUAAACUGAAACUCCCUAAGCAUGUAUAAAUCUCCAUCUCAUUAACUCCCUUAGACUUACCCACCUGCUGGGCUCCUAUUGGCUCAAAAUAUCAUAUGGAAUGAUUACAAAACCCACAAGCUCCUCCCCCUUUUUGUGAGCUCUUUCAUACAAAUCAGGUUUGAAGUUUGUGUGUGUGCGUGCAUAUAUGUCCCUGUCCACCUGUCUCAGUGGCUGUGUAGUGUCCUUGGGGAGGGGGGGCGAUGGAACAGUGCUGUAAUCACUGGCAAUGUCUGUAGGAAGGACACAGGCUAGAUCCGCUUUUAUGCUUGGGUCUGCAUCCAGCCUGCGAAUCAGCACACACACAGUCACACACACAUUAACACAGACAAGCUCGGACUUGAAUCCACACUCAGCCUGCUUUAGGCAAAGGCUGUGCAUUGAGCGAGGGAACUGAAGCGCGUGCAUAUUCACAGGCUCAGCUGGAGAUACAUGUAUACAGCCUCACACAGUUAAAACACACGCUUGCAGGCACACUUCACAUGCCACAGCAUCUGAGCACAGACGGGGAGAGGAGACGCUGACGGCAGAUUCAUCCAGUAUCUGCACAGGUACAAACCAAACACUUCUUGUAUCCCAUAGUAUAUUUUUUGUCUUCGCUGAGCAGCUGGUCGUGUUUGCAGUGGGCUUUCCCUGAUGACUGUUGUGUUUGAAGUUUGGCAAAGGGUGGAUUUACUCUGCUUGUGGUGGUUGUUGUUUUGAGGGCUGGUCUGAAGCAUCGGUUAGAGAUAUUCAUCAAUAUGCAGGCGUCUUAGUGAUGUGAUAUGACUGUAAAAUAUACCAUGUUUGGAGUCAUACUGCAUGACUUAAUGCUCGUUUAUCUUUUUUUGAAUAAGGUGUAGUUGUAACAUAGUAAAUGGAGUCAAUGUAAGUAAGUGUAUAAGGAGGGAUGGAUAAAAUUAAACAAAAAAGUAAGGGGAUUAAAAAGCGUGUGAAAGUAUAUUAUGUGCUUGAACUUUAUUCUUUUAAAGCACUCGGCUAAAAAGUCAACUUGUUUUUGUUAUAGUUUAGUAAACUGCAGAGAAAUACCCACAUGUAGCAUGUUCGUAUACAGUGAUGUGUUCCCUGCCAAACCAUGUUACCGUAGCAUGAACUGGCAACAGCUGCCGCCCUGUCACAGAGGAUAACCUGGAAGGCUGCUGAACACGUUUAUCCCAGUGUCAUUACUUAACAAGCAGUAAAAGUGUCAAAACAAUGGACACUGAGCAGAUCUGUGAUAACCAGAUAAUAUAUAAUAAGAGGGAAUGUCUCAUAAAGCAUGUUGCACCUGCUGCUACUACAUCGACUAAGUGGAUUAAACAGUAUUUCCUACACUGCUGAGAUUGGCUCUAUUAGUCAGCAUUAACUCUAAUCCUGUAUUAUAAUUGUAACACUUCAGACGCUUCUGCUGAUGCUGCUAACAUCUCCGUUGUCUUUUGUGCCUCAUAGUUACAUAGUUGUGUGGUUUUCCCUCCACAUUUGGGUAAAUGUGAACCAUUUCAGCAGCUGCAGCAGAAGUAAACCAUGCCAGUGAAACGCCUUAUUAUACAGCACACAGUGGGCAGAGUGAGACUGGCUGAUCACUGCCUCUGUAUUCAGAGUGAGGCGAUUCGUUCAGAUAACUUUGCUCUUCCACGUAAAGGGAAACAGACAACGCUGAGCAGAAACCCUCUCGAGAGGCGAGGCUGUAACUCUCACGUACACAUCCCAAACAUUACUCGGUGUUACUCAGACUUACACACCUGUCAGGGAAAUAAAUGAAAAGGCUUACUGCAAUAAUGACACACAGAUAAGCUGAUCAGUCAGUUUGUUUUGUUCUACAGGCAGGAGAUGAUUAGCGUAACAUCUUCUUUUCUGCAGAUCGUCAUUUUUUGUUUGCAGGCUGUAAGAAAUCAUUUGUCCCUCAAACCCGUGGGAGCUUGUGAUAUAACAAAAAAUGCUGUUUGACCUUCUUUUCAUGCGUUCAUUUCCACAUGAGUGAGUUGACCCAGUGUAAAUGCUCACUUAGUCCCCAAAUAACUUCCCUCCUAUUAUUCUGUGAUUUCCAAAUUAAAGAAACUAGAGACAGUAAUGUUGUAUCUUGCCAUCUAUGUUUAGGGAGUGUAUGUGUUUGUAUGUUUUGGGGUACCUGUUAACUGCAUGUCUACCUCAAAUAAAACACCCUCCUGUGCAGUUUGAUGUACUGUCACAGCUUUUCCGGUGUUUUGUAUGGAGGUGUUAUAAACCUGCUUCUGAGAUUUGUCUCCCCUUCAGCAGAGAAAGCAGAUUUUAGAACAAAGUGGAAACUCCCCCCUUUGGGGUGUUGGCCAAGGAGAAGCAUCCCUCCCUGCCUUCUGUAAGCACUACAGCACACAGCCUCAGCAGAGCUUAAAAUAGCGCUGUUUGUGCUCAGACGAGAGGAUGCAGGGAGAGCGGGAGAGCUGGCUGGAUAGUUAGUUACACAACAAAGUGUUCUGUCCCUGGACGGGCUCUUCAGCCAAGUGCCUGGGACAGGCAGUGUUAACACAGACUCUAUACUGUGAGCUAAAACAAAACAUGCAAAGACAACCCUUUUUUUUGUUGGACACAUUUUAUCAUCAUGUGGGUCUUUGGCUGGUGUCACAUUGUGUUGAUUGAUAACAUUUACUUGUCAGGUUAAUUUCUCAACAUCCUCUCUAGUUCCUGAUUUUUGUAAAAAGUCAGAUCUGACUGUUUGAGGAGAACCACAGACUUGGAAACGACUGAAAAACCUGUAUUUCCAUUUUUCUAUCUCAAACAGAGGGUGACCUCGCAGUACAGGAGGUGUGACAACAGCAGUGUGAAGGUGUUGAGUUUGUCCUCAUCUGUGUGAACCACACAUGCAACACAUCAAAAAGAAGCAGUUUAUAAGCUUCCAUACAUCUACAAAUCUUCUACAUACAGGAGUAGAUCAGAGGUGUUUUUUUUAAGUAUUUAGAAAUAUGGGUCUGUAUAAUGUGUUUAACUUGAAUUUGAAUGUAAGUUUAUAUUGAUUGUGUAAUAAAUUGGGUGGUAUGUGGUAAAGGCAUGAGUGCCUCUGUCCAAACAUGUUUGGAUUUGAUACAACAAAUGAAGCCUCCAGUAUCUUUUCAAAGGUGUUUACUACAAACCCAAUAGGAUCUACAUAUUACUGCACAUUAUUUAUACUCCCUUCUCUUUAAUGAUGAAACACAGAUUUGCUCAUGUCAGUUUUUUGGCACAGACUUUCCUGCUUUUACAUUAUGUAUUGCAGUCAUUAAAUUUACAUCAUCAACCUUUGGCUCUUAGUUCAGGGAUGCUGUGAUCCGCUGUGUGUGGAUUGGAAUCAAUUAUAUUAAAAAUGGAUGGAUCUGCAGCCUUGAACAAAAUAAACAUAUCAAUAAGUAGAUGUUUUCUAGUUUUAAAAAUGUCUUUGUUGUGGUUCUACAUCAUGUAGACAUAUGUAUGUUUCUAUAAGUUUGCGCCAUCCCUCCACAUCUGUUCUUUCUGUGCAUUAAUGACUUCUUCUCUCAUAAUCCGUCCAUCAGGUCGGUCAGGUUUGAUCAGGUUUUAUCAGGAACAAUGAUGGGUUUGCCCUCAGGAUACACAGUCACAGCUGUUAGCAUGGUGUGCAUUGGACAAACUUAAAACUCAAUUUCCCAUCAUGGUAGAGAAAAUCACCAACUUUUUUUAUUUUUUUUAUUUUAAUUGUUAAUAUUUGCAGGUUAGCUUCACUGUAUUGACAUGUCAAAAUCCUAGCAUGAUUCAAACCUUAAUGAAUUAAGCUAUCCUGAGUACAGACCUGAACUGUAACAGACCUUCAGCACGUCAGCAGAUGCUUGGACAGAUGUUUCUCCGUGCAUGGCUGUGCACACUUCUGGUAAUACUUCAGGCACAAUGACAGAUAAGAUUGAAGUUUUUUUCUAUCUUUAAAGGAACACACUGGCUGUGCUUUGCCAUCUCAGAUUUACAGUGUGAUUUACAAGCUCCUGUUUCUCUCCGACUCAGCUGCUUUUCUCAAGGUGACUCUCAGAGUCUUUUAAGGUUGUUCUUCAUUUUUAUGACCAGUGCACUUUCAUUUUUCCUUGAGUAUUUCUUUUUGUCGUUAAAAAAAACACAGAUGCUUAGAUAUCUCUGAGUUCAUAAAUUUCUUUUGACUUUUUUGUCUUUGAGUUUGUGUUCCAGUUGUUCUCUUACUCUAUAUUUUUUUGUUUCAUCUGUGGUUUUUGUUACUCGCAUGUCCAGUAUUUUGGUAAAUUAGUGAAAUACCUACAACAGCAGCCUUAGACAAUGGGAAACAGUGAUCUGGUCUGUCCUAUGGUGCCCUGGCUCAGGUUGCUCUAAAAAGACACUCAAUCCCAGACUACAGCUCUCGGAGACUGGGGUGUUUGGUUCCAAGUGGAGGAAAUUAGAUCUGUGGGCAGGGUUAGAACAAUGACCUGCCAUCAGACGCACAAAGAGGAACACACCGUGUCUGAUAAAGAAGCAAAUCAAUACCUUUAAAUCAAUCAAACUAACUUGACAGCAAAACUUUCUAAAUGAGAUGCAGCCAUAUAAUUAUAUAUUAGCUGACCUUAUCUCUUGUGUGUGUCAUGUGUUUCAGGUGUGGGCCCUGAAGUUAGAGCAGGAGGAGGAGAAAAACAAAGCCCUCACAGAGGCUCUGCAGACACUGGCAACUGAGCACCACAAGCUCCAGCAGUCCCUGUGUAAGAGCAGGAGCUUGUCUACCUUCAGUGCCCUCUCCGAAGAUGACUUCUAUGAUGCUGUGUCAGGUCAGCGGUCAAGAAGUUCAAUGUUAGAGAGGUUAACCAUUGAUACCUUUAACUAUGUCAGUGUGGGACACCUACAAGAGCAGGCAGCUCAAAUAACUCAAUUAUCUUAUACCAGCAGCUACAUGAACUCUAAUUCAACACCUUUCAGCUGCUUGGAGGUUUUUCCAAGUGAUAUGAAGUUAGAGGCAGCUUGUGGAUGUUACUUUUUACACAGCUUUGUAGCCGUGAAAUGACCUUUACAGAUAACAUAUCACGCCAGCUGUAGGCGCAUACUUAGCUUGCCAUUUACUCCAGCUAUUAUGACAUCAGCUGUUGUUAUCAUCGAUUAAACAGCCCCAGGUUUAAGCAACAGUGAAAAUGGACUUUCCAGGUGAGGGGAAAUUCAACAGAGCUGCAGUGUGCAUGUUCUCAAAAGAGGUUGAUUUCCAUUUAAUGUCAUACUUAAAGGAAACAAGACUCACAUAGCUGAUUUUGUUUUAUAUGCUUUCAAUAUUUUAUGGCAUUAAUAUUUAAAGGUCAAGGAAAUAAUGAAAUGCACCAAUAAAGCCAUGAAAAAGGAGGGUCUAAGGUUGUAGUGAAUAGAUGCACACAUGAACAUGCAAAAAGUACAUUUAGGAGCCCUUUAAUAUGUUCUUUUUGGUACCUUUUAUUAGUAACAUCUUUAAGUUUGUUUACAAGUGAAACAGUCCUGUGCAACUGGGAAAUAUAACCUGUGUUUAUAUAUUUUUCAGCACUAUUGUCUUCACCGCUUCCUCAUAUUCUAGACACAAACUACUUCACAGUUACCUCUUUCUGCUUUACUUUCUGCUCUUUUGUGCUUGUUCUGUCUUUGAAAAAUUUCAGCAUCAUGACUAACGUAUAUAUCGCCUCCUCUUAAACUCAAGACCAAUACAGUGGAGGCUGGCCUUACACUCAUGCUGCUUUGUCUCAGAAUAAAUUGUGCAAACAAAGAUGUAAACUUUGCACAUGAGAUUUUGCAAAGUUUGCAUCGUUGUGUACCACGAAAAUCCUCUCCAUGGUGAUUAUUUACAGUAGACUUCUGUCUACAGCCAGUGUUUGUGCACUUUCGCAGGAGUCUUUGCAUUAUUCAUAGAUCCAGUAGCCAGAAACCUCUCUGCCAGUAGACCUCAAACCGUGUUCAGUGUAAUGAGGAUUUUCACAUGCGGAGCUGGGGUGUGUUUAACUCAUUCGCUCGUUUUUGUUUACAUACAGGAUGUUAUAUGAAGCUGCUCUUUAUUUUCUGCCAGCUGUUACACGGUGCACUACUUAACAUUUCCAUCAACACAUUAUUCAGUGCACAGGAAGAAGUGAUAAAAAACACCCCUAGCUGAGUUUAGCAUAUAAUCCCUACUGAAGCAUACUGUUCCCCCUCUCUCUUUGUAUAUGACAGAGCCUCUAUGUCAGUGGCUGUGAUGCAUUCACAGGCACAGAGCAAACAAUGUUGGAGGAAAUGAAGCCUCAGUGUGGCCUCUCAUUGGAACACAAUCCUCAGGUGGGGUUUGGCUGGCAGCAGGGCGGGGGAGGUUAGAGAGGAAAUUGAGCUCAAGUGUUAUUUGCGGACAGUGUAUUGUUCAGGCUGCAGCUUUCUGAGCCGGCCUCUCAACCAAACCUGUGCAUAUGCUUGUCUGUUUGUGUGUAUGUGUAUGUGUGUGUGGGUGAUCGUCGACCUGGCAUCUUUGGCAUGACCUGGCCUCUGCCCCCCGCCGCCACCGCCGUCGCUGUCGACCCACAGAGUCUGAUUCAGAGCUCUCUGUGAGCGGCUUCCUGUCUGUGGCCAGUCGCUCCUUUGAAGAGGACGAGGGGAGAGACGCCCCCCUUCUCACCAGCCUCUGCCAUCCCAGCGCGCUCAGGGGGCCUUCCGGAAUGUCAGGGGAGGGUAGCCAUGGCAACCAACCAGCCCAGUGCAAUGGAGUCGAGAAGCACAGGUGGGACACGCUCCAGUUAUGAUGUCAUGCUUGUUUAUUGGCUGAAAUGAUGGCAAAGAGAUGAGUGGAAAUGAAAUGUAAGCUGUGACGAGAAAACCUCACACAAAGUCACUGUUUAUUUUUUUCUGUAAGGCGCAAAAGUCAGAAAUAUAACUCAAGAAAUAAGUAUCUUACACUUGUGAGUCAAAUGACAGGUUUGAGACUUAAAUCAGCGAGACAGUUGGCCAGUAAACGGAAGAGUCGGUCUAACAGGAAACCACUUUUCCGCUUCAGUCUGUUUUUGUAGUCAGGUGUGUUUGUUUGAGCACCCACUCCACUGAGAUUAGCCUGUUUUGUUUUUCCCCCCAACAGAUCCAACUCUCCAAGCGAACAAUCAGAGUAGUGCUUGGUUUUUUUUUCCCUACAUUGUUGUUUUUGUUUUUUUUUUCCUUGAGAUUUGACAAGUUCUUUUAAUACAGUGGAUGCUGAUUCUGGCCUUGCCUCUCUUCCUUAAUUCAACAAGUGAUCCAUGCAUAAUUUAGUAUGUGCUGGCACAGAGAUGGAGUUGGAAAAGGGAACUGGCUAGCUCGGUGUGCAUAUAUGUUUUUGUGUGUGUGUGUGGGUGUGUGGGUUGUUCAUUAAAGAUUUAUGAGGUGUCUGUUUAUCUGGAAGUGCUCCUGUCAUUCAAAGAUGUGUCUGUCCCCGUUGGCCUGUAGAUGUGCUAUUCUAGUUGUUUAACAUUCCUUAUAAAUUCUGCAAUAACCUAUGGUCAUGAAGCAUAGAUGGACUUUGCUAUGCGUGUAACAAAACUGGUUUUAAAAACUAAAACUUGUAACUUGGAAAAACACUGAUUUCUGCUUGUAUGUUCAGCUAAAUGUAAAAGUACAACUUUUUGAGCUUGAGCUGCAAAAUUCGAGGUCCUCAGACAAGUACUUGAUACCCUUUGCUUAGUAACAGAAAACCUCUUGGUAUCAGCUGUCAUAUUUUUUGGGUUGGAUCCUCUUUUUAUGAAAUUAUUUUCUGGCUAAGGAAACAUGGAACAUCGAGGCCAAAAAAAGAAAACAGACUGGUAUGCAUCACUGCUCUGCUCAUCCUACAGAUGGAGCAAACCCCCAACCCUUACCUCUCUGUUUAUUUAGCUGAAUAAUGCCUUUUCUUUGUGGAGUUGGUUCAGAACCAUCUGCCUCUAGAUAGAACAGCUGAGAGCAAAACUUGGAGAUGAAUUCAGUUGCAACCCAGAUCACAUUUAGGCGAAGAUUGAGAGUGCAGAUGAGAAAGCAGCUUUACUCUGUGUUUGCUCAUUCUUGAUUUAAAUAAGUGCAAACCAUUUUUAUACAGCUUUAGAUUCAGUAUGUCCAUGUCUAUGUCUAAGAAGGGCCCUGUGUUCUGCAGAUAUUCAUCUAUUCAUGGGUAUUACAUGAGGCCAGAGCAGCUGAAAGCUCAUUAGCUUACAGGUGUCAGAUGACUUUGUUCCACUUAGGUGGUUUAGGCUUUGUUCCCUGCUCUCUCAUGAUAAGGGGAAGUGAUCGACAUAAUCUUAUAAUCGAUGUUUUUUCCUCAUAUGGCUGACAUUGGUUCCCCCUCUCCUUACUUCUACAGAACAUGUCUGCCGGCUCCCAUGUUCUCCAGAAACGACGUCAGCAUCUGGAGCAUCCUGAAAAAAUGCAUCGGCAUGGUGAGAGCAGAUGAAUUCCCUCCCACAGGUCUAACCUUUAUCUAUUGUGUUUUCCUUUGCCGGGAAAAAGUUCAAUCAACAUGAUAAACUCGUAUUUGUGCUUCUCACUUAACUUAAGGUGGCUUUUAGGAGUGUAGUCAUUAGUUUCAGUGUCUUGAGGUCUUAAGAGAUCUCAGUUCUCUCUCUCUCCCCCUGCCUGGAUUUAAUUACAUUUAAUAAUGUCGCUUAAUGUUUAACUCUCUAAUUAAAUGUGGCUAAUGAGUCGUGCCUAUGCUGUUCGGCUGGCUGACAGAGAUAUACAGUCAAUAUACAGACACACAUGGGUAAUUACAAACAGUGUUUAAGAGGGAAGUCAUGUGGUUAUUUAAUAAGGACAACUCUCUCGGUUUCACUUCAUCUCAUCAUGCAAGCUUGAUUUAGGUGAAUGUGUGUGUGCAGUCCAGAAACAUCAGCUGUUUUCAAACCAAACCUUGGCUUUUAGUAGGGGCGGGAGAAAAAAUCAAUUCACAUAAGUAUAGUGAUUUUUUUUGUUUUACAAUUUUUAAAUCGAUUUUUUUUUCUUUCAAAUUUAAGAAUAAAUCUUAAAAACUGACUUACAUGUGAUGCGUUUUUAUUUGAGUAAAUAUGGUUCCUGGAAUAGUCAGUAGACAAUCAUAAUCAUUCAACUGUUUCACUGGUGUAAAAAAUGUGGACUGAAGAUAGAGAAAAUCGACAAUAUCGUAGAAUCGCAAUGUAAAUCGAAUCGGCAUCCAAAAAAAAAGAAGAAGAAUUGAAUCAGGAAAAUGGCAUAUCGUCCCAGCCAUAGCUUUUAGGCUACGUUCACACUGCAGGUUAUGAUGCACAAUUCAGAUUUUUUUGUUAAAUCCAAUCUUUUUGUGUGGUCGUUCACAUUACAACAAAGAAUGCAGCAUCUAAUGUGAACAGAAUGCGUACGUGAAGUGACCCACAUGGAAUGGCUGUUCUCUAUUCCCUCGUCCGCGCCUGUUUGUGUUGUCGAACAAUGGUGAUGUUUGUCGCAUAUUGAUGAUGUAUAGGUCGGAUGAACGCGACCUGGGCGUCCACACUGCAGUCACAUUGGAUACAUAUCCAAUUUAUAUCCACAUACAAAAGAGGCCUGGGUUGGAUUUGAAAAAAUCAGAAUUGUGUCACAUAUGGUUAAAAAUCAGAAUUGACCUGCAGUGUGAACAUAGCCCUAGAGUUAAAAACUCAAAGAUUCAGAUCAAAUGAUAAUUUUUGUACAAUCAGGUUAGAAAAACCCACAAUCUGCUGCUUCCCUCCCAGACUCUGUUAUUUUGUUUUGUGUUUUUCUUGCAGGAGUUGUCAAAGAUCGCCAUGCCUGUGAUAUUCAACGAACCCCUGAGUUUCCUCCAGAGGUUAACAGAAUACAUGGAGCACACCUACCUCAUCCACCAGGCCAAUGCUACAACAGAUUCUGUCGAAAGGAUGAAGGUACCUCUAUGACCAAGAUUACUUAAUCUAGUAGAAACAAACAUGCAUAUACUCCUCUGAAUUAGUAGCUUUUAAUUUGUUUAUCAUGAGUCAAUGCUGUGUAGUGUGUUGCAGCAUUUGCUGUGUCAGCUGUAGCGUCACAGUGGGAGAGGACUGGGAAACCCUUCAACCCACUACUGGGGGAGACGUAUGAGUUAAUCAGGUAAGACUUUAAACCUCAGUCAUAGAUUUAAUAGUGGAAAUAUGUUUCAUGAGUCAACCUACAUAGGAUUCCUACGCAUGUAUGGAAAGUAUGGAAAAAUAUUGAAAUAAAUUUGAUCAGUUUCCAGGUCUGAAAAAGUAUGGAAAAAUAUUUGUUUCCAGACCAUUACCACAGUUCUGAAAUAGUUUUCUAAAAUAGAAAAGUAGGUGUUUCCAGAAAUAAUUCUAAAAAGUAGCAUAUGGAAAAGUGUGGAAAUUCCAACUAGGAACCCUGUCAAACACAUCUACCAUUUAGUGGAGAUUUAUCCUUUUCUCUUUUUUCUUCUUUACUCUCCAUCAGAGACGAUUUGGGCUUUCGGUGGGUUUCAGAACAAGUGAGCCACCACCCUCCAGUCAGUGCCUUUCAAGCCGAGGGCCUCACGGAGGAUUUCUUCUUCCAUGGCUCCAUCUACCCCAAACUCAAGUUUUGGGGAAAGAGUAUAGAAGCUGAGCCCAAGGGUGUCAUCACGCUGGAGCUGCCUAAGUGAGUGCAGAGACUAAAAAUUCGCUCUGCAAGUCUACCUUGUCCUCUGGGCAGCCUCGUCUCAUGUUAGCUCUGUUUUUGCAGAUUUAAUGAAGCCUACACCUGGACCAACCCCACCUGUUGUGUGCACAAUAUCAUCGUGGGACAGCUUUGGAUUGAGCAGUAUGGCAGCGUGGAAGUGAUCAAUCACAAGUAAAAGAAGCUCCCCUCUCUUUAUGCUGUUUCUGUGUGUCUGUUUGUCUGCAAAAGCAAAGCCUUCCCGCUAAUUAGCAUGCACUGAGACUCGGAGGCACGAACAUCCUUCUUUUCCGCACUCUGUGCAGCAGAGCGCUGUUCUACUUUCAGAUUCAUCUUAUUGAUCAUGGAGCAGAACUGGGACUGAUGCCAUUAGAACAGAAAAGCAGGAUAAUUAAUGUUUGAAAGCCUUUAGCUGAGCAGAAGAAGAGUGAAAGAGAAUUGGUAAACGCUCUGUCAUUCUGUGGUAGGACUGGAGAGAGAUGCAGCCUGACUUUCAAACCCUGUGGCCUCUUUGGAAAAGAGCUUCAUAAAGUAGAGGGAUACAUCCUCGAUAAAAGGUACUCUUCCUUUAAUUAAAAGCAGCUUCAUUAUUCAUCCGAUUGUUUAAUAAGAGAAAAUGUGAUGGAUGUAAAUUUGCCGUUGCAGCAAAAAGAAGCUCUGUGCGAUAUAUGGCAAAUGGACUGAAUGUCUGUAUGCAGUAGACCCAGCUACCUUUGAGGCCCACAAAAAGACCGACAAGAAGAAUCCAGAUGACAAAAAGGGCAGUAAACAGGUAAUCAUUUUUGCUGCUUUGAAGUCACCUCUUUCUUUUUUUAAUGUUUGUUUCUGUGUGGCACAGAAAAAACAGAGUGUAUGUCUUUUUUUUCUUACGUCUCUUUGGGACCCAGAGCGGCGUGGAUGAAGAGCCAGAAGAGAUGCCUCCACCUGACGCUGAAACAGUCCAGGUCAUCCCAGGCAGCGAGCUCAUUUGGAAAAUAACGCCGCGACCUGACAACUCGGCAAAGGUAGGAAAUGACAUAAAUAGACGAGGAGCGAGAGAGCAAUUUUUGAAUUUAAAAAGACAACAUUUUGGGACAACAGCAGAGAGCGAGGUUUUGUUAUUCCUGUUGCAAUUUUAUUUCAUUUCUGGCAGUUUUAUGCAUUUUCCACAUUUGCAAUGCAUCUAAAUGAGCUGGAGAAAAGCAUGGAGGGGGUUAUUCCUCCAACAGACAGUCGCCUCAGACCUGACAUCCGUGCCAUGGAGAACGGGGAUAUAGGUACAUCUCCUCCUCUUAAUUCUGAUCCCUGUUCUCACCUUUUGUCAUAGCUCCGGUGAUGGUUUUAAAAGUUUUGUUUCUAUUUGUGUGUUCUUCACAGAUUUGGCGAGUGCAGAGAAGAAGAGACUCGAGGAAAAACAGAGGAUGGCUCGGAAAAAUCGCACCAAAUCAACAGAAGAAUGGAAAACAAGGUGAGUCACUGAGCAGCUCCAGACAACAUCAUCAUCAUCAUCCCUUUGCCGACUGCUUUUGCUGACUGCCUCCAUAUUGUCUUGUGUUAUUUGUCUGCGUCCAUUUUUAUUGAAACUGAGAAGGAAUGCUGCACUUGGCCCAAGGUUUGGUUCAAAGCUUUGCCUUCUUGCUGUUGUCUUUGGUGUGAAGUGCUUCAUUAAACUACACCACCCCCCUCAGGACAAAAUGUACCACUGCACCUUUUCUGUGUUGUUGAAUUUAUUACAUACUAAACACACUUAGACACUCUUACAGAUCCUAAUGAUUGAAAAUGGAUCUAUGAACUAGUCUUAUGCUUUUAGUCUGUUUUGACCUGUCUGUGUUUCUCUCUCUGUCGAGCACUUGUGCAGUAUUUGUAUGAAAUUAAUCCUCCCAUUGUUAAAACUCUGCAGGUGGUUCCAGCAAGGGCCCAACCCUCACAACAAAGCUCAGGACUGGCUCUACUUGAAAGGCUACUGGGACAGGAACUACACUCACAUGCCUGACAUCUACUAA